AUGGGCACACCCUUCAUCUCGCUCCUAGAGCCGACCCGGCUCGACGGCUACGACCGCACCAAGCCACACACCCAGCAACCGUCGCACAUCCCACCCCUCUUCAUCGACGCAAUGGAAGUGCGCGAGACCGUCUUCGUCACGGAGCAGCAGUGGCCCCUAGAGUGCGAGCACGACGCCGACGACGCGCGCUCGUGCCACUGGGUCACGUACGCCAGCGUGAACCGCACCACGCGCGCCGAAGUGCGCGACCCAACCACAAACGAGGUCACCCAACCGCGCCAGUCCGAGACGCGCAGCAUGCCCAUCGGCACGCUGCGCAUAGUCCCCUUCCCGCACCCGCCGCACCCGCCGCCGGGCGGGCGGUACGUCGACGGCGAGCUCCAACAAGAAGCCGACGACGAGGUGCACGCCAGCCCGGCCGACGAGCGGCGCGAGAACGCAGACAUGCCGUUCGGGAACGACCGCGCCACCACGUUCCACGACGGCAGGGAGCCCUAUGUCGGUGUCGGCCGCGUCGCCGUCGUCCCCGAAUUCCGCGGCCACCGCGUCGCCGACCAGCUCUGGGCCGCCGCCAAGCGCUGGCUCGAGGAGAACCCGGCCUACUUCAACCCCAGCGUCAGCUCCCUGGGCAUGGACCGGCUUGAGGCCGCCGCCGCGACCGACAUCCCCAAGUGGAAUGGUCUGGUCUGCACUCACGCGCAAGAGGCCGUGGUUAAGGUCUACCAGAGAUGGGGCUUCCAGGUUGACGAGGGUAUGGGCAAAUGGACCGAGCAGGGGAUUCCGCAUGUGGGCAUGUUCAUGCGUUUGCAGGUAAAGGAGACAGAUCCGAAAAUAUGA